AUGGUGGCUCCAGGAAAUAUCACUAUCGAUGAUCUCACCGGCCGGUGGAGCAUGAACCUUCAGCUAUCGGACUCCUAUGACUCCAUCCUCAAAGUCCAGGGCAUUAACUGGCUCACCCGCAAGGUCCUCAACGUGGGCAGCAUCACCAUGACCAUCAAGCAAUAUGCCGACGAGGCCGGCGUUACACACCUCACCAUCGACUCCAAGAGUGGAUCCGGCCUACCAGGGCCGCACAGCUUGGGUGAACCUGGCCGACCUUCCAUCCCCUGGCUCGCCGAUGGCUGGGAGCAGGGUACCACCAGGGCCAUCCUCAUGACCACUGAGCACCUCGAUAUCGACGGUAUUACCUACCAGGCUGGUGGUUUCGAGCAGCUCAACGGCGAGCACCGCUAUGUCCGCCAUAUCGAGGUCCGCAAGGGCGGCGAGAUCCUCAAGGCUAAGCUGGUCUAUGACUACCUAGGCCCACUAGAGGAGUAA